UAGUUCAACUUCUAUAACUGAUUUUGAUGUAUGAACAGUCAAACACCUUUAUCGAAGGUGUUUCUCACAAAAUCAGGAGGCAGAUCGAGGAACUAGAGAGAGUUUCGGGGUUGGAGAGCAAUGCUCUCUCUGUUGAUGGGGUCCCCGUUGAUUCUUAUCUUACGAGGUUUGUUUGGGAUGAAGCAAAAUACCCGACAGUGUCCUCUUUGAGGGAGAUUGUUGACAGUAUUCACACUCUACUGGCAAAGAUUGAGGAUGAUCUCAAGGUUCGUGUUGCUGAGUAUAACAAUGUGCGUGGGCAACUUAAUGCCAUAAACAGAAAGCAAAGUGGAAGCUUGGCUGUUCGUGAUCUGUCUAAUCUAGUAAAGCCGGAGGAUAUUUUUACUUCAGAACACCUAGUGACUCUCCUCGCAGUUGUUCCUAAGUAUUCACAGAAGGAUUGGUUGUCAAGCUAUGAAACAUUGACUAGCUAUGUGGUCCCUCAGUCCUCCAAGAAGUUGUAUGAAGAUAAUGAAUCUGCUCUUUACACUGUCACAUUAUUUGGUCGUGUUGCUGAUAAUUUCAUAACUAGUGCAUGUGAAAGAGGCUUCCAAAUUCGUGAUUUUGAAUAUAGUCCAGAAGCACAAGAAAGUCGAAAGCAGGAACUAGAGAAAUUGGCACAAGACCAAGAUAGCUUGAGAAGCUCUCUUUUGCAAUGGUGUUACACUAGUUAUGGGGAGGUUUUCAGCUCCUGGAUGCACUUUUGUGCUGUAUGUCUCUUUGCAGAGAGCAUUCUGAGAUACGGUUUGCCGCCAUCUUUCCUGGCAUGCGUUUUGUCACCGUCCGUUAAGAGUGAGAAGAAAGUUCGAUCCAUCCUUGAAGGAUUAUGUAAUAGCUCAAACAGCAUAGACUGGAAGACUGAAGAUGAAGGCGGAGCAAUAGCAGGUUUAGGAGGUGAUGCAGACGCCCAUCCCUACGUCUCCUUCACAAUCAACAUUGCCUGAUGCAUGCACAUUGCCAAGUCUUGAUUCCAAGCAUCUUCAUCAGGACGACAAACGAUAAUAAGGUAAAGUGUUGGAGAUGUUGUAUGUUAGGUUUAGUGGAUUGAUUCUUUAGUUUAUUUAUGGACGACGUCCAACUUAUGAAGACCCAUUUUUAAGGUUUUGUUGAACAGAGUGGUGGAUGAACUUUUUGUGGGGGAAACUGUCUGAAAACUUUUGUAUUCGGAAUUUGAGGCUUUAAUCCGUGGUUCCUAUUUUUU